CACCAUCGUGUUGUCAUCGAUGCAGUCAACACUGACCUGCUGUCACUAGAAUACGAGUCCAGCUGGUUAAUAACUAACUUUAAACCAACUCCGACUUGUUUGUCCAGCUGGUGAUUAUCAAACUGGGGUUUGACUGGCAGUUCUGCUUGAGUUUUGCCUCACAUUUAAGUCAAAUUUAUUUAGGAGUGCAUUUAAAAACAACAGGGGUUUACUAAAGUGUUUUACAAUUAAAUUAUCAUAAACACAAAUAAAUAGAUAAAUGGCUGUAACAGACCAAAUUAAGACUAUUUUAUCGUUCUAACGAUAAUUAAAGGGACUCAAAGGCAGUUAUAUAAAGGUGGCUCUUUAGAUGGGAUUUAAAAGUGGUGAUAGAUGGGGAAGCGGGAGAUGAACGCAGCAAUGGAGAAAGCUCAAUCACCUUUGGAUUUUGACUGGGAACAUGGACUGGUGAGGAGUAACUGAUCGGAGGACCCGAGGAGUCUGGAUGUCCAAUAUGGACCGAGAUCGGAGGCUGGAGCCAAUCCAUGCAGUGUCCAGGCGAGGGUCUAAGGAUAGAGGGUCAAGUCAAGCUAAUUUUAUUUAUAUAUCCCAAUAUCACAAAUUUGCCUCCAGGGGCUUUACAGUCUGUACAGCAUAGACUCCCUCUGUCCUUAGACCCUCGAACAGGUUCAGGAAAAGCAACAGAGGAGGGAUCCCUCUCUGACAGACAGGAAAUGCAUGUGUGCAGAAUAGACCAACACAGUACAAUUACAGUGUGGACAAUCAGGAUGACAAAGUUAUUAUCAGACAGGUAUGAAGGGGCGUGCCCAUUUACAAUUUUGUAAGUCAUCAGAAGCUCCUUAAAGUGUGAUCUGACGUGGAUGGGGAGCCAACGAAGGGAAGCUAAAAUUGGUGUGACAUGGUCGUGGUCAGGGUGCUGAAUGCUGUACAGACUGUAAAGCCCCUUGAGGCAAAUUAGGGAUUUGUGAUACUGGACUAUGAAAAUAAAAAGUGGCAGACACAAGCAACAAAAUACACAUAAAACAGAACAAAAUGCAAAAGAGAGUGCGGUGCAGAUCAACGCACAUACUGUGGGGUACAGUGAGACUCGGGUGCAUUAAGGUGAAUACUAUCGAGUGAUCGCCCCCCCGGUUCCCCCAUGUUCUAAAAAACGCUGCAAAAGUGCCCUCUUGGAUGCUCCUAUGGUAGAUAAAACAUGAUAAAGGGCCCUCUAGGCCCCCCCUCCUCCCUUCCAGUGGAGAAAACGCGAUAGUGCCAUGUAGGCUGCACUACAUGCUGGAAGUUUAGUUGGCCUCCACACGCUCCUGCGUGCGAGACAACGUGCCCUCGUGAUGCCUCUAUACUUGAAGAUGCCCCGCUGUGUUUUUUGUUUCGUUUUUUUUCUGCGUGCUGGGGCCCCACCGCGUACAGCUGGUGCCCUUUUUAUUUUUCUUGCCCCUGCCCCUCAAACAGCCCGAGUCUGCCACUGUGGAUUUGUGGGUCUUUCAUAGAGAGAGGAGGGAUGAGGAGAGGAUGUGUGUCUGCGUGGCAGAGCGACGGCGGGGGAAGGGGUUUAGUGCGAGUCUGUGCAGCAGAGGGGGUAGAGAGAGGGAGUGGCUCACGUCCUUAUCACGGUACAACUGCUCCUCUAUAAUCUCUCCACUCAAACGUCUGCUUUUUUCUCUCCUCCUUCAGCUGUUUUCGGAUUGAUCCCUUUUUUAGGUCUUUGUAGGAUUUCCCGUGGAUACUGGUCCCUGGUCCCUGGUCUGUUCCUUUUAGCAGUCUCCCCUGUUGUUGAACUACUUUCUUUGUGUUGUGUAGAAUUUCGCAAUAAGCGCUCGUGGUCGGUUGUUGUUGUUCGAUCCCAGGCGGUGUGUGAGGUGGAAUGUGAUGUUGUCGACUGUCUCUGCGGGUAGUUUGACUUGUGUGGUGAUUAAUUCCUUUGCUGAUUUUUCGGGGUCGUUUGGGGUUUGUUCGGAAGUGAAAACUAAACUGCCUCUCGUGCUGUGAGCUUGUAAGUCCAGAAUAGUCUCUUUCGUGGCUUUGAGGUGAACCGGGUGUCUUUUUGGUCCUGACUGAAUUCCCUGUGCAGUACUUCAAUGAGUGCGAUCAAGUCCCGUAAGUUUAUUGUCAAUGGAAAUGAGUAUGUCGCUCGCCUCUGUGCAGCAUGGUGGCUUCGGAGAUGCUGAAGGAAUGCUAACCUGGCCUGGAGAGGGAAUCCGUGUCUUUUGGGGUUUGGGGUGGAAUAUCACCCGUUUUGUCUUUGUUCAUGAUGCAAAGCCGGUUGAAACACUUGUUUACAUACGGCUCCAAGCGGUCCAGGUCGCUUGAUGUUAUCGUCCAGUUUUGAAACGGAGAAAACGACGCUAUGAGAGCGGUGAGAGUGAACCAAAGCAGCGAAGCUGCGGCCGGAAGGCUAAACAAUGAGCUGAAACUCACUACAACGCUCUGUAAAGCCGAGGAGCUGCAGGUUCAGCUGCAGGUUCAGAACUACCACAGACUUUUCACAUUGUUUUCACAUUGGCAUUUGAUACAUUAUUAUAGCCAUUUAAAGGUUAGGGAAAUAUUGUGGUUAGGGUUUAAAAAAAAGCAACCAUUAAUGUCUAAGAUGGGACACGCUACCUGCAGUCUGAGUAAGACAAAUCAAGUGGAUAUCCUCUAACGUUACAGUUUUUUUUAGUGAAAUAUUCUUUUUGUUUUCCUGGACAGUGUUUCCUGUGGUGGAGGGUUAGUAACACAAUAAAGGAAGUUUGUACUAAAAAGACUAACUUUGGAAGAUCCGCGCUUGAUUUGUCUGACAGUGUAACAGCAGGAAUGAUUACAGCAAGCAAAUCUGCAAGUGUACAUAUGAGCACCUGACUAGUGCUUUAAGACAGGCUUGAAAAAACGUGAACCUAUCCUUUAAAAAGGGACAGUUCACCCCAAAAUCAAAAAUACAGAUUUCUACCUGUAAGAGGAAAAAUAUGUUUUGGUGCAAGCUGCAGAGUUUUGGAGAUAUCAGCCGUAGAGAUGUCUGCAUUUUUUUUUUAAAUAUAAUGGGAUUACAUGGCACUCGGCUCAAAGCGCCAAAACGAUACAACUCAACAGCAACGUCUCUUUCCACGAAUCAUGACCCGGUUACUCAAGAUAAUCCACAGAUCUGUUGUGAGCAGUUUCAUGUAGGAACUAUUGGUAGAAAGAAAAUAGUUCCAACAUGAAACUGCUCACAACAAACCAACAGACAAGCCGAGUGCCAUUAUAUUCCAAAAAUGCAGACAUCCCUACGGCCGAUAUCUCCAAAACUCUGCAGCUCGCACCAAAACACUCUAGAUGGAUAAACAGCUCUACAGGUGAGAGGGAACAUAUGUAUUUUUGAUUUUGGGGUGAACUGUCCCUUUAAGCCCCAGCAUAUAUUCCAGCCACUCUCCCUUUCCUCUAUGCCAGCUCAUCAACGUGAUGAUACCAGUGCGAGCCACUCCCAGUAUCCUGUCCCUGACUCUGUUCUGUAGCCAAGCAACAGGCGGUGUGUCACCUGCCAGUCUGACCUGCUCCCUGCCUAAACCCUGUGGGGUUUGUUUGUCUGGUUGGACUGCUAUCAAGUUGCCAAACUGUGAGCUUGGUUUUGACCAUAGCCCCUUUAUUUCAACCUGCUCUGCCUGUACACGUCUGCGUUGUGUGUCCUCUACCCUGUUGUCUUUUGUACCGGCAUCGUCACAAUUUAAGGCUGGGAAGGUGAAGGCUUGAGGAUUUGAUUGCAGUCAGACACUAACGGCUGAAAGCUGCUGUGACCUCAUCUGCACAAGAUUAACAGCAGGGAGCCAUAAUGGUGAAACUUGAAGAGCUCUGGGAAACUCUGCAGGAAUUAGAAGAAAAUGAGUUUAAGCAUUUCAAGUGGUUCCUGAAGCAGGAUGGCAUCCUGGAAGGCUUUUCAGGCAUCCCAGCGGCUCGGCUGGAGAAGGCAGAAAGGCAGAACACAGUGGACCUAAUGGUACAGAAAUAUCACGGUCCUGGAGCUCUGAAGGUAACCUUGACGGUUUUAGAAAAGAUCAGCAGGAAUGAUCUAGUGCAGCGUUUGGAAAACUCCAGCUCGGGACCAAAAGGUGAUUAUGAAAGAACGAAGGCCGAGCUGGGGGCUAAAAUUGAGCUGAUGAUCCAGGAGAGACAGAUGAAGAUCAGGGAAAUCAAACACUCAGCAGAGCUCAGCAACAAAUCUGCAGACAGACAUAUCGCAGACAGUGAGCAGGUCUUCACUGUUUUCCUGCAGUCUGUCGAGAGAAGUCUAGCUAACCUCAUCAAGGCAAUUAAUGAAAAGCGGAAAACAUCACAAAAACAGGCCGAAACAUUCAUCCAAGAGCUGGAGCAGGAAAUCUCUGAGUUGACAAAGAGAAGCAAUAAGAUGGAGCAUCUCUCGUGCACCGAAGACCACCUCAACUUCCUCCAACGCUUUGCCUCCCUUAAUGCUUUUCCACCCACCAAGAACUGGACAGAAGUCAGCGUCCCUCCGCCAUCAUAUGGAGGAAGUGUGGGGGCUGCUGCGACUCAGCUGAAGGAAACACUCAGCAAAGACAUGGAGAAGUUGAUCGCUAAGGCCAAGCUGAACAGGGUCCAGCAGUUUGCAAAGGAUGUGACUCUAGAUCCUGAUACAGCAAAUCCCUUCCUCAUUUUGUCUGACGACGGGAAACAAGUUUACUGUGGAGACGUAAAACAAAACCUCCCAGACAACCCAGAAAGAUUUAAUUCUGCUAUAAAUGUCUUGGGAAAGCAGAGUUUCUCUUCAGGAAGAUUUUACUACGAGGUUCAAGUUGAAGGGAAGACUUCCUGGGAUUUAGGUGUCGUCAAAGAGUCGAUCUACAGAAAGGGAUCGAUCACAGCGAGCCCCAAGAAUGGCUACUGGACUAUAUGUUUAAGGAAUGGAGAUAAGUACCAAGCUUCUGCUGUCUAUCUCAGUGUAAAAUGUCAGCCAAAGAAGGUGGGCGUGUUUGUGGAUUAUGAGAAGGGUUCAGUCUCCUUUUUUGACGUAGACUCUGCAGACCUUAUCCACUGCUAUACUGACUGUUCCUUCACCGAGAAACUCUACCCAUUCUUCAGUCCCAGUCUUCAUAAUGAUGGCAAAAACUCCACCCCUCUGACCAUCUCUCCUGUCAAUGACACUGAUUAGAUUUGAUCAAUCAUCCAGUCAAAACUGAUUCUGCAAUUUCAGAAACAUCAAAAAGUCAUAAGCAAUUGUGAUGUUAGUGAUUAAUAAUUUGAAAUAAUUUGAUCAACAACAACAAUAUAGGAGAUGAGGGGCAUGCUUUGAAACGGUCAGAAAAUGUACUGGGGUUUGGUUGUAGUAUCUGGUUGUACCAUUAGAUGGAGCCACUUUCUGUUUGAUGAAAUGGAGUUACAGAUGUGUGUGCUGCACAGUAGUUUCUCCUGAGGAAGGAGUUGGUAUAUGCAUGUCCAUAUUCUACCAAUCAUGUAUAAAUAAAGAUGGUAGUGCCUGGCA